GCUUCAAGGCAGAUAUUGUCCGCGCCCAGAGGUGUUACGUGGCCAAGGUGAAGUACCGGUGUGGUCUCUCCUCUGAGUGCUCCUAGGGUGGGUCCAGCCUCCUGCCGUCCGCGCUCCGGUAAAGAAGCCACGGUGCUGGCUGCGAUGCUUGGAUUGCAACUAAAGCAAAAGACGUUAACUCGUCAGUGCUGACGUUGCACCUCGCAGGCUGUGCUGGCUGCGCCCUUAUCUUCUCGCCUUUAUCUGCUGUGCUUGUGAACUGACCUAACCUCAAGUGGAGUAACUAGUGGUGAUAUGCUAUAAAAUCAUUUGAAGGAAGCUCUAAUCCAGUGAUGGAGUAGAGUCCAAGCUAACCCAGGGCAAGACCUUCCUUUUAUAAAACCUAAAUGACCUUUUCUUUAAUUGUAUUUCUCAAGCUUCUCCUUAAAGGAAUUUAACAGGAUGGAGUCUAGUGUGGGAUGGAGUCUAGUGUGGGUUGCCAAACGCUGAUGUCCUGUGGCUACAUGCUUUCCAGGGUCCUUCUGCGUUUAAAGGCAUGAGGCUACCACCAAAGGGCCCGUCACUCCGGCAGUAUCUCCUCAGACCGGUUUUGGUGCGAUAGGAAGUAACACGGGCUUGUCACAGACCGGAUGGCUUUUGCCCGUCGUACUCUCCGCAGAGGGUUUUUGCAGACAAGGAUGCAGAGUUUGCAGCCGGACCCCAAAGCCCAAUACAGGAGUGUGUACGAAGCACUGAAGAAAAUUGUUCUCACGGAGGGUUUCUGGAGGCCUUUACGUGGGAUUAAUGUCACCAUGCUGGGGGCUGGCCCAGCCCACGCAAUGUACUUUGCCUGCUAUGAAAAAAUGAAAAAGACUCUAAGUGAGACUAUUCAGCAUGGAGGAAACAGCCACUUGGCCAAUGGUAUAGCUGGGAGCGUGGCCACGUUACUCCACGAUGCAGUAAUGAAUCCGGCUGAAGUGGUGAAGCAGCGGAUGCAGAUGUUCAACUCCCCUUACAAAUCCGUCCUGGCAUGUGUAAGGACAGUGCAGAAGACAGAAGGGUUUGGUGCCUUCUACCGCAGCUACACCACCCAGCUCACCAUGAACAUCCCCUUCCAGGCCAUUCACUUCAUCACCUAUGAGUUCAUGCAAGAGCAAAUCAACCCUCGCCGGGAGUAUAACCCUCAGUCGCACAUCGUCUCCGGCGCCCUUGCGGGGGCUGUGGCUGGGGCGGCCCCCCCCCCCGUCUGCAAGACCCUGCUCAACACGCAAGAAAACAUGGCCUUGAGCUCGGUGAACAUCAGCGGGCACCUCUCGGGCAUGGUGAACGCCUUCAAGACUGUCUACCAGCUCGGGGGCAUCUCGGGGUAUUUUAGAGGGGUGCAGGCACGUGUCAUUUACCAGAUGCCUUCAACGGCCAUUGCGUGGUCAGUGUAUGAAUUCUUUAAGUACUUUCUCACAAAGCACAAGCUGGAGAAAAGAACAUCCUUUUGAAGGACUUAGCAAGAGUGAAUGCAAGCGUCCAUGUCCCCUCUGUGCGUGUCCGCGCCUGUGUGCGAGCCAGCAAGCUCUGGGUCUCUGAUAAGGAACGUACCAGGUUUCUGGUGGAUUCACAGCUGAAGUCCACUUUUCCCCUCUGGGGGAAGGAGGGUUUAAGUGGUCCUCAGUGACGUGUUCCCCUUGUUGCGCAAACAAUGAAAUAGAUUAUAAAGCAUUAUAAUAAUAUAUAUAUUUAAUUAAUAACUUUAUUUUGGAGACGUGAAUUUGCUAACUGAUAUUUUUCUCUGAAUAUGUCUGAAGAUGUAGUUUACUUCCUCACCAGGAGGCUUAGGUUUUACAGCCUAGGCUGUUUUUUUUACAGCAAAGAAGCAAAAUAUCCUGUCACAGAACUUUUUAUAUAAAUAUAAAAUAGAUGGAUAAUGUUUAUCCUUUAUUUUUCUAUAUAGACAUUUGGUUUGUUUUUUAAAUACUAUUACAGCUAGGUGCUGAGCUGUUUAAAAAGGGCUACAUUCUUCCACCACGUGUAAGGAAGACACGAGAGCAUUUAUUUUUAUAGCCAGAUUGGCUUUAAUUAUGCAGCAUUUGGACCCCGAUCAGUGGCCUGGUUUCUCAUGUGGAUGUCAAGGUACUUGGUAACCCCUUGAGACUUGCUGGGGAUGCAAGGAGAAGGAAUGGGGGCAAUACUUGCUUUGGGAAGCUAGGAGAUCGAGUGGAGCACCCAAAAGACCUGGUCACUUUGGGGCGGAGGGGAACUCUAUCAGUUCCUUUUAUUUUUUUUUUUACAAGGAAACUCUUAAUGUAGAUUUUACAGACUAGUAUUUUUUUGCAAACACUUUUUUUUUUUUUAAAAAGGUACAUUUUUAUGGUGUGUGUGAUAGCUAAACAGGCUUCAUCCUCUGUUAAUUUAUUCAUACUUUCACUAAGGGCCCGAUCCUGCUCGCAGGAGCAGCCCUGCACCUCCGGAUGGCUCACGGGGUCUGACCGGGCUGCAUCGAGCCGCUCUGCCCCGGCGCGCGGAGCAGAGCUUCGGUGUGGCGCUCGGCAAAAUCGUGCCUGCUUUGGAAGGGUAUCGAACUCUAAUCUUCCUCUUUUGGGGGAAAGCUCCUUUUGGGGGGGAGGAUGGCGCUUCCCUGUGCAUCCUUCGUGUUUCGCCUCGGUACGACGGCUCCU